AGAUUCGUGAAAAUAAAUUUCAGGGGUGACAAUCUUAAAGCCGUCUACACACUCGCGCGCGAACCGCGCGCGAAGGCGCGAAACACCCGCGUAACAUGAGUGUAGAUCCGAUUCGCAUAUUCUUCGCGGCUUCGCGGCUCGUUCGCGCUGUGUUCCCCGAAAAUUGUCGGUUUUUUGUCCCGCGACAAAGCGCUCGCAGGCGCGAAGCGCGACGUGAACGCGACAAGACUAUACAUUCGCGCCUCGGGCAGCUCAGUCGCUCAGUAGCAAUUGACACGGAUGGUUGUGUUUUAGUUUUUUUUUAGGUAUAUGCUACGAUUUUGCUUGCAAAAUGAGUAACGUGUGGAGCAAUGAAUUAGAACUAACAUUUAUAGAAUGUUUUCGUGCUGAGCCGGUAUUAUGGGACAUUAAUUUGAAAGAUUAUAAAAAUAAACUGAAAACCCAUGAUGCUUGGAUGCGGAUAAGUACGGUGAUGGAAAUACCAAUUGAUGAAUUGAAAAAGAAAAAAGGUUCUCUCAUGUCAAGCUAUAGGAGCUACAAGGGAAAAGUUAAGAAGUCCGUUCAAUCGGGAGCUGGUGCCGAUGAGAUAUAUCAGCCCAUUUGGUUCGCUUAUGAAGCAAUGGAUGCUUUUUUGGGAGAUACUCUAAAGUGUAAAAAAAGUAUGAAUACGGAACGUGGAAUAAAGGAGCCUAAAGAAGUAAAUCUCGAAGCUAUUAAAGAGAAUGUUGAAGAAAUGAAUGAAAAUCGAAGUCAGUCUAUUAACACCCAAAAAGACAGUGACCAGACAAUCCACCGACGCAAAAUCUCUUCAGAAGUGGUUGACGCAGGAAAUGUCGUUAAAGACGCUCUUAUCACCUUCAAAUCCACGCUAAAAAGGAACCCAUUACAGCCUAUUCAGCAAGACGAUGAUUGCGAUUUAUACGGAAAACUAUUAGCAAAUAAGUUGCGAAAAUUAUCUGAAAAGAAUAGAUUGAAGUUGAUGCACGACAUUGAUGGGAUGUAUUUACAAUACCAAUUUGAUGACCCUUUAGUGAUGACUCCAUCGCCACCUCAUUUUUAUGAACCAAGAACAGGCACAUCAUCAUCUACGCAUUCAGAGCCUCCAUUUCAUUACGGGCAGGCGAAUCAAAAUACUUAUUACCAAAAUAGACAAGUAAUAUCAGCCCCACCUUCUAAUAUCAUUAUUCAAUCGAACCGGCUAAUUCGUACACCAGAUUAUCCUGUCCUUCAUUUACCAGAGAACCAAGAUGCAAACACAUCUGAUCAUAAUAAUGAUAUAGUUCAGACAGCUUUUGACUUAAGUUAAAUACCUACUGAAAUUACCGAAUUUUGUUUUUAUUGUCUAUUGAAUUUUGUUAUUAUAUUUGGUUGAUUUUGCAAAGUUAUAUUCUAGAUUCUAAGUAGUUCUGUAUAUGCAUAAUAAAAGUAUUAAAUUGA